GCCAUCUCAUUCUUUCGUGCGGUCUACGUCUCGCCCGCAGUGUUCAAGGGCUCCGCGUGUCACGGGGUGCCGGGGGAGACCGUCGAGUUCGUCGGGUGCGCGGCGGGCAACGAGGAUGUGACCAGUUGGCCGACGGGCUUUCGAGCGUAUUCUGCGCGCGUGGACCGCCGGCUCAAGGGGGUCUUCGACUUGCAGGCCCUGGAGGAGCUCGGCAAGAGGUCGGCCGCGGAGGUCUCCAACGCCGCCCUCCCAUCGUUCACGGUUGGCGAGCGCAACGUCCCAGAGGCAAUCGUCUCGCUGCCUCUCACCGCGGCCCCUGCAAAGUGUGUGAAGGCUAUGCUGCCUCUGCGCGAUGACUCGGUGAAGUGGGUUCCCGCUCGCACUCAGUGCUACAAGAAAC